AUGGAGUGGCCAUACAAUUCCGAACAGGAUUCUCUUGGAUAUUAUAGCUUCGAACCUGGACAAGAAAAUACCCAUGCCCCUCAAUCACAGCCUGACUAUGCUUAUCAUGUUUCGUCAGGACACGGCAUCAGCCCCGACGAUAUGAUCAUCGACAAUCCCCAGACUGAUCAACAAGAUUUUACUUGUUUUCAGACUAUGCAACCAAUUUCCUACACAUUCGAACAACUCACCCAAUUAUCCUUGGAUAUGACCAUGCUUGGACCUGAUCAAGUCAAUCAGGCACAGAGUCUUACCCAGCCUUUGCAUUUUGACGAGAUGCAUAGUACAUUUGCAGAAAUGUCUCUCGACUCCAUCAAUACAACCCUUCUACCGCAGAUCGCAACUGGCACUGGUCAACACCCACAGCCUAGCAGUCAAGAGAUAACAGAUCAAGAGUGGGAAGCGAAGAAAGAAGAUAUCCGCCGGGUUUACAUUCACGAUAACCUAAGCCUGAAGAAGACUAUGGAGCUGCUAAAGAGCUCUUGGAGACGACCACCUACGGAGGCCAUGUAUAAAAGCAGGCUUCGGCAGUGGGGUCCCGAAUUUUCCAAGAACCGAACAAAGAGAAACGCGGGAUCCAUUCCAAAUCAAGAUGAUAGACAGCCACGUCGUAGGGAGGCCCCGGUUCCCACGAUUCAAAAAAGCCCUCCCACCCAACCAGAAACCUUUGAGGCGUUUGUGAUCAAUAUCAGAACCUUCCUUGGUCGAGUCUUUGACGGCACUUCGGCCACUUGGCGGGUCGGCAACUUCAACUUUCAGUCAAACUCUAUCACUGGAAGAUCUACCAGAUCUUGGGAGCUGUUAUUCCACCAAAGCCAGGAGGCUGCAAUACUUGCGCGAGGCUCACGUACCGGCAAUCUCAAAUUUGUACUUGAAGAUAUGCUUUUGAGCAUCAAGUCGAGAUUUCUGGAUGGAGAGAGCAUUCACGAGCUAAACGACCCUUACGUUCUUGUGUAUUUGCUCAGAAUCCUGAUGGUAUUUCACACCAUGCGUCGACGAGGCAUUCAACGGCUGGAGAAAAACCGCCAAGGGCUCUCUGAGACCUUCUUAGACAAACUGCAAGAGUUUGUAAAGAAUUUGCCCUCUGGACAUCCCUUAGAAGGAUUUAUUAAAAUUUUGAAAGUCAGGCUUCAGCUUUUCCGAGUCCAAUCAAAACAAUUUCGAGAAGGGCAACUCGCAGUGCUCCGGAACAACCCAGAUGAGUUUGUCAAGUUUCUGUCAUGGGCUCAUUCGCGGAUCCUUCAAUGCUUGGUUUCCCAUGUGGGUUCGAAUCAUCCAGUAAUUCUGAACAUGACAGAGUAUCAUAUCGCGACUUGGAAACGAGCAUACAUGGAAAGCUCGAUUUCGAUUGAAGCGCAAUACGACUGUCUUCGGCAGAACUGUCAAGGUGUGGAUCCGUCUUCUGAGGACGGUAUCACGCUGCUAUUGGACUAUGCUAUGAUGUCAUCGAACAAGAACAAGAACCAAGGUUAUCAGUCAAAACUGGUAAUACUUUUCGAGGAACUACGCUGGUACAGUCUGCAGUGGGUCAGUCGCCAGGAACCACUAAUAUUUCUCCCUCCCACGUAUGCUUUCAUCUUUUCCACGGGCUGGCUUGCGAACAAAGCCUACGAAUUCCCCAGGUUCUUCUUCUCCCCGCCUGCCACGUAUCUUGAAGAGGGGGUUGAGAGCCUUUUGCGUGGUGAUCAAGACUGCUGCAUCUGGGCGAGUUCAUUUUCGAAAAGGUUGAAGUUAUGGUACAAAGGAUCUAACAGGACUGGAAAGUUCCGUGCUGAGCUUAAACGAGAGAAGAAACGCCUCCACGACCUGACGAUCAAUUUGCAUCGCUCAGUGGUCCUGCGUAAGCCCAUGGAGAGGGAGAAAAAGCAGUCCAAGCGCAACUACGACAUGAAGAGAAGAAAGGAGGAAGAGGAGGAGGUUUUCAAGCUGACUGGAGUAUAA